CCUCCAACUGUCUUAUGUGUAUGUUUACACAUGCAUACUUUUCUGUCAGGAGGACAACAUGAGUUCUAGGGACUAUUGGAGGAAGAUUGUUGCAUUGAUUGGAGUCUUUUUGUUUUUUAAGGUUCAAGCGGUUCCGACAGUCUCUGGUGAUAAUGCAGAUGCUGGUGAACUGAGAGAUGACAUCCUAGAGAUCAACAGAGGCUCAAACCACUUGUUUGAGGGUGACAUUGCUGGUAAUCCUAGCAGAAAUGCAAUCCUGAAUGAAACAAGAAGAUGGACGUUUCCCAUUCCUUAUAUCUUAACUGAUUCUUUAGAGCUCAACGCUAAAGGUGUGAUCCUCCAGGCUUUUGAGGAAUACCGUUUGAGAUCCUGUGUGGAUUUUAAGCCCUAUGAGGGUGAGACCAGUUACAUCUCCUUCACCAAGCUGUCUGGAUGCUGGUCGUAUGUGGGAGAUGAUAAAAAAGGUCAGAAUGUGUCCAUUGGAGCCAGGUGUGACACUAAAAGUAUUGUGCAGCAUGAGCUCCUCCAUGCUCUGGGCUUUUACCAUGAACAGUCUCGCUCUGAUAGGGACGAUUAUGUCAAAAUCUGGUGGGACCAGAUUGAAGAAGGGAUGGAGAACAAUUUCAAUAAGUACGAGGAUGACUUCAUCACUGAUAUGAACACGCCCUAUGAUUACGAGUCCAUCAUGCACUACAGGCCUCUGUCCUUCAACAAGAAUGACAGCGUACCAACAAUCACCACCACCAUACCGUAUUUUAAUGAGGUGAUUGGCCAGCGUAUGGACUUUAGCGCUGUAGACAUCACCAGGCUCAACCGCAUGUACGACUGUGCCAACACACACACUCUCCUGGACCAGUGCUCCUUUGAGCUCAUCAACAUCUGUGGAAUGAUCCAAAACGAGGAGGAUAACGCAGACUGGGUCCAAACACUCAGUAGUCCAGCUGAUGCAGACCACACCCUGGCAGGACGCUGCAGAGAUUCCGGCUACUUCAUGAGGUUUGACACGUCUUCCGGUGCAGCUGGAAGCAGUGGCUUGCUGGAGUCACGUAUCCUCUACCCAAAGAGGGGCGAGCAGUGCCUGCAGUUCUUCUACAAGAUGACUGGGUCAGCUUCAGACAAACUUGUGAUAUGGAUCAGGACUGAUGAUGGAACAGGGGCUGUAAACAGUCUCAAAAAGAUCCACACCAUUUCAGGUGAUGGAGAUUCUUCCUGGAAAAUUGCCCAUGUGACUCUCAAGGUGACUGAGAAGUUCCGUUAUAUCUUCCAAGGCAUCAGAGGAGCAUCUGACUCCACUGGCGCCAUCCUUAUUGAUGACAUCACUCUAACGGAAACCAUUUGCCCUGGUGCCGUCUGGCAAAUCCGCAAUUUUACUGGCAUUGUAGGCAGCACGCCUCUUGCCAAUCCUAUUAAAAGCAAGUGUUUCUACAACUCUGAUGGCUACUCCUUCGGUAUCAGCAUUUAUCCAAAUGGUAAAGAGGUUGAGUACCCACACUAUGUUGGCCUCACCAUGCACCUCUGCAGUGGAGAAAAUGAUGCAGUGAUGCAGUGGCCAGCCAUAAAUAUGCAGGCAACGCUUGUAGUCAUGGACCAGGACCCAGACGCAAAACUUCGGAUGUCUUCAACGAGAAGCUUUACGACAGAUACUGAUGCUCGCUGGAACAGACCGACAGCUGAUUCAGGAGCGCUGUUUGACGAGAGCUGUCAGUGUUAUCGUGGUAAGGACUUUGGUUGGAGCACGUUCAUAUCUCACAAGCAUCUGCAAAGGAGGAGCUUCCUUAAAAACGAUGACCUCAUCAUCACUGCUGACUUUACUGAUUUGACCCACCUGAUAAAGACAGAGGUGACUGUCAAACCAGUCUUAUCAAGUGAGGACACCACAGCCGAGAAGAAAGCUGGCGAGAUGGAAAGGAAACCCGAGGCUCUGAUACACAGAGAAGCACGGGCUGUCAACCCAUGUUAUCCCAACCCUUGUUUUAAUGGAGGCUUGUGCGUGGAGACGGAAGGAGCAGCCUCAUGCAGGUGUGCAUCAACACAGACCAUCUACUACACCGGCCGAAGCUGUGAGGAACCAAACAUAGACAGAAGCAUUUUGGGAGCUCUGAUUGGUGGUGCGUCAGGGACCAUUGUGCUGACACUUGCUAUCUUCACUGUCAUUAGGAGAGCUCAGUGAAGCUCAUUUCAGUGGAAUCAUGUGUUAGUCUCCAUUUUAAAGCACUCAAAUCACUGUGUCUGUACUGGAGAGUGACGUACCAACAGGCUAAUUUUGACAUGAUCUUCUGAGAUAUCUAUGUGUCUCUCAAUGAACCAGUCUCUACAAUGCAUCAGAAAACUUUUACCUGUCAGCAGUCAGUGUAGUAAAUGUAGUAAACAACAAUAUCUUAAGCUUGCAUCAGAGGAUUUAAAGAAGACUGGGGCCACAACAGAACUGACCCCUGUGAUGUGUUUCCUAUGCUUGUUUUCCAUUUGUACACUGAAGGAAAUCAUCAUUGAUAAUUCAAUCUUAUGAGGAAACAUAUAUAGUUCUGAUGGAAAUUUCUCAAGCAUGCAAAGUCAUGAACAAUAAAAGACAAUAUAAUCUU